AUGUUCACACAGCCUCACGAUAAAGAAGUUUUCAGAGAUAGCAAAUUCAACAAAACAAGCACUGCGCCUUCUUUGAGUUCUAAAAUACACCGGCCCUCUGAUAAAAUGGAUAAGGAUGCGCGAGAGCAAGAGGUGUUUAGGAGGCUACCUGCGAUUCCCACAAUUCUGGAGCAAGAUAAAACAAGAGAGGAGGAAAGAGUGUCGCCUCCUUUGUCUUUGAACCCGGAUGUAGAGUACUCUUCAGCAGGGUCUUCCUCCCACAAGUUAAUUCGGUCAAGCAUGUACACUAUCCCAGCAGACGAGGACUUGUUUGAGCUAAUUGGCCUUCCAAUGCUUAUUGUGGCGCAGCCAUUCAAUGACUCUGUGGCUGUCCCUGAGUACCGGGCAGACUAUCUGUACAAGUGCAAGGAGUGCGGGUCAUUCCCAACAGCAGCACAGGAAGACGGUCUUCUAAGAGGGCAGUCUGAGAAUACGUGCCAGUUUAAGUGCGCCAUGUGCGGGUGCUCAAAUGAAAUAGUGUCAGAGUGUCCGUCCCUUAAGGAGCAUACAGUCGAGUACAUAUGUGAAGAUAGUUGUGCAAAAGACAGAAGCUGGUACGCCUCAGACAACCUUCCUAAGUCUGGGAUGGCAAUGCCUUCUUGCAGGAAGUGGAAGGAGCCGUGCCUUAUUUUCAUGAUAGACUGCUCUGCCUCCUCUCGAGGGAACACAGGGUAUAUUGAGUUUAUGAAUGGCAUGCGGAGUAUUCUGGGGUCUAGUGAUCUUUCUCUGUUUUACAGGAGAUUUGCAAUUGUUUUGGUAAAUGAAGAAGUCUCUGUGGUUUCUGACGGGGAAAUGGGAUAUGCUUUGCACGUCAUGCAUGAUGUAAAGGGAGACUACGGUCUGUGUGCUCCUUUGUUUAUUGAGACAGAGAGUCUGACUGAAGAAAGAGUUACUUCACUGGUGCAGCUGAUUGAGGGAACACCUUCUUCGCAGUUUAACAUUGCUGGGGGCGUGACUGUUGCUGUUCAGUUGGCUGCAUACACAGGUGGCUGCAAGCUGAUGGCCUGGCUGGGAGGCAGUGAAUACUCUGAGGUGCCUGAGCAAAUAGCGCAGACAGCAGUUGACUGCGGUGUGUCCAUCUGUGUGUUCACAAGCCCGCACAGCAAGCUUAGCAAGCUGUACAAGACAGUUAUGUCAACGGGCGGGUCAAUUGAAAGAGACGGCAUUUCUGUGGCAGUGGUGGAGAAGAUCAUGCAGGAGUCAUUCUUCAGAUGUGCUGUCCGUGUGGUCUGCAGCAAUGGAAUUAAGAAAAGAGCUGUCUACAGCAGCGGAUCAUCUGAGAAUAUAUCAAUGAUCUCAUUCCCUGUGAUGUCUGCAUCCACUGCUUUUUCUGUGAGCUUCUCUGUUGAAGACUUCCUUAAGGAAGGAUCUUCUGUGCACAUCCAGUGCAUUGUGGAGUACAUAAGCUCAAUGGGUGAGAGCAGAGUCAGAAUCAUAAACAUAUCUCUGAAGGCAAGCAGAGUGAUGCAGCAGAUAUUUAUAGGAAUGGCAAUGGACACAAUGUUCUGUGGAAUGUGUAAGUAUAUAUGCUCUGACCCAAUAAAUAUGGUAGAAAAUGUAAGAAAGGCAGAGACUUCCAUGGUGACAGCACUUUCUUUGUAUAAAAGAUCCUGUGCAAAGGACACGUCUCCAUCACAGCUGGUGCUUCCAGACACAAUCAAGGGUCUUCCUGUUCUGAUGCAGGCAGUCCUUAAGUAUCCAAAGGUGCAACUUGGGCCCUCUGUGAAGAUUGAGCUUGCGUGUGAGCUUAUGCCUCUUCCUGUGGACAGGACAUUCCGAAUGUUCUAUCCCCGGCUUGUAAAAAUAUCCUCCCUGUUCACAGUUGGGGGCAUUGAUGAUCUCAUGGGGGAGAGACUCAGCAUGCGGACCCUGGACUCUGAUGAGAGCUAUAUCAUGGACACAGGGUGCAAGACUAUUCUGUGGUUUGGGAAGGAUGCAGUUGACUAUAUUGAUGAAAUGAUUCAGAAUGAAGUUGUUAUAGCUGCCCUGGAGAGACUUAAAGAGACCUAUGGAGUAGAGUUGAAGGUCACUCACUGCAUCCAAGGAGAACUUGAUGCAGACUUUAUUGGGUACAUGGUAGAAGACCAGAUGGGUGGAUAUCCAAAAUACCAGGAAUAUUUAGGAUCUCUGCAUGGGAAAAUAGUUAAAAAAUAA